UAGACGAAGACGUACGUGUGCACGCGCUAUGGCGGAUUUGACACGAUCGGAAAGGUGUAUCGAGGAUAUACGGAAAGCUGCCGACAGGGUUUGUUCCGAGACUUACAAACUCCGGGACUCCAUGAUUGCUCGUGUAAGGUGCCAAAUUGAAAGUGAAAACAGUAUAUGUAAUGGGGAUUCAAGGACAGGUGUCGAAGUCAGUGGUAGUGAUAGCAGUGGGCUAUUGUUCUUCCAACCUGGCGAUAUCGACACUCAGAAAAUCCAGGAAAUACUUGGACGGCUUGAGGCCGAGGGGGACCCCGUGAAAAACGCACAGUUAUGGAAAAUGUCUUCACUCCGUAAUAACACCAGAUCCGUUGAUGUCCUAAUGUCAACAUCCGAAGAACGAGCAUGGUUGUGUGACGAUCAUAUGAACCUAUGUUUAGUCGACAUUUACGGGAAGACAGUGGUGAAACGGAAGAUUAACCAUAUUCCAGAAACCAUCGCGAUCUCCGACAGUGGGGAUAUAUACUAUUCGUCCUACAGGGAAAUGGCUGUCAAAAAACUGGACGUAUCUGGGAAGGUAGGAUACGUAUUGAAUACCUCGCCGUUACACCCCUUGGGACUAUGCCUCACUAAUGGAGGCAGCCUGCUUGUGUGUGUCGUUGACAAGUUUGACUUCGUGACCGGCAAGGAUAAACCGAAAGAUAUUCUCAAGGUGGAAUUGGACAGCGGUGUUGUCACGUCUGUCAAGUUUAAGGAUGAAGACGAAAUGCUGACCGGUCCGUACCGUAUUCUGGAGAAUAUAAAUGGAGACAUUAUACUCGUUGAUGGACUAUCGGAAACUGCUGGGCGCCUCGUAGUGUUUAACGAUAUCGGGGGAGUGAAGUUUACAUACCACGGCGAAAACUCAGAAAAUGGUGAUAUUUUCUGUCCAACAAACAUGUGCAUUGAUUAUAAAGGCAAUAUUUUUGUAGUUGACGGUGAGUCGCAUUGUAUCCAUGUUUUAAACAGUUCCGGAAAAUUACAGAGGAAGAUCGCCCCAGAUGAAAUCGGAGGGAGUGAAGCGACUGUUCUGAGUAUUGGACGGGACGAGUUGAUGUGGGUCGGACAUGCUAAUGGCGAGGUCACUGUGUUCAGAUAUGGACGAUCUAAACGAGUAAUGUCGCGCAAAUUAAAUGAAAAAGAAACUUUUUUCUGAUCACAGCAAACCAUGAAUUUCGUAAAACGUACAUACUAUGGUAUAUAGAUUCAGAUAUUGUCAACACUUUUUGUUGACAAGGUCAAUGCCACCGUGUUCAAUAAAUGAUUUUCAAUUUUUAGAAUGAAAACAAACAAUAUAUAUUUUAAACGACCAAACAAUGUUAUGUAUAUGUAGUUAACAAACAUAACUUCAUAUCCGAGUCCGAUAGGUGGCGAGCUAAGUGAUUGACUUGACAUACAUCAUUGCUCUUUGUACUCUACUUUCUGCAUAUAUAAGCCAGUAGUGUUUUUUAUACCAUGGAGUGUUUUGAUUUUUUUACAUUGUCUUUGCUAGUCAGAAAUCGAUUGUGACGUCAUAAUGUAUACAAUGACAUGACGUCACGAAUUUUGAUGGGCGUAACAGAAUGGUUGUCUCCGCUUGAAUAAGUCCUUCCAAUUUUGACAUUAAAACCUGUCAAUCUGAGUUAUGUA